AUGACCCCAACCAGGACUGCUUUUGUUUCAAUCCUGUUAAUACAAAUAUGUUUCUCUGAAAUUAUUCCCAGAGAAUUGUUGUUUUCCGAUGCUAAAUACACUUCCGUUUCACUCAGUCCUGACGGCAGACAUCUAGGUUACAUUUCCGUUGAUGAUAAUGGUGUAAAGAAUGUAUUUGUCAAAUGUAUCAAUUGUAAAUCAGAGCGUCAAGUAACUUUCGAAAAACAAGAUGCUGUGCUUUCAUAUUCAUGGACUGCUUUACCAGAUAUCAUUAUUUACACUCAGGAUAAUGAGGGUGAUGAAAAUACACGCCUGUACAAAAAAAAUAUUUCAUCUGAAGCUGUAGCUAGAGACAAGUCGAAAAGAGUUGUUAUUUCUGAACAACCUAGAGUCAAAGCAUCUAUAAUGGCUAAUAACCAGAUUGAUCCUUUCGUUAUUAUUGGAUUGAAUGACGAAAAUCCUGCAUAUCACAAUGUAUACUUGUUUGACCUGAACACCAACCAAUUACGGUUAUUAAUGAGAAACAACCGGUUUCCAAUGUUUGUAAUUGACAAUUCCUUACGUAUCCGCCUGGCUAGUGAAGAAUUACCUAAUGGAGAUAUUAUGUACUACAAGCCGAGUCGGAAAUAUGAUGGCCGUUUACUUACUUCUGACAAAGAAGAUUGGACGCAGUACUUGCUUGUUCCUGUUGAAGACAAGCCCACUACAGCACCGAUAAGCUUUGAUCAAAGCAAUGAAAACAUGUUCUGGAUGUGGGGAGAAGCUUCUGAUUUGGGGACAUUGGUCAAAUUUCCCUUUGAAAAGCCUGACCAACAAGAAGUCCUCUACCAAUGCACUAGGGCACAGAUUGGCCAUAUUUUGUUCCAUCCCACAGAUCGUACUUUGCUUGCUGUCAGCGAAGUCUAUCAUAAGCCCGAACUACUUGUUUCUAAUGAGACUGUCAUUGAUGAUUUACAAUAUUUAGUCAAUUUACGACCACAUGGAUCUUUGCAAAUUCUUUCUUUGAGCCAAGAUAUGAAUACAUGGUUGGUAACAUACAUGUCUUCAGACAGACCUUUUGAGGUCUUUGUAUACCGCCGCUGGGUCAAGACUGCCGAGCUCCUAUUCAACACCCAUCCUCAGCUAGAAAAGUUUAAAAUGAACAGACAAAUUGGUUUUGAUUUCAAAACAAGAGACGACCUUGUUCUGCAAGCCUAUCUCAGUCUUCCAACCGGUGCUCCUUUGAAAAUGAUGCAAGAUGUUCCUGUGGCAGACAAAGGAUACGCAGAGCUAGGAAUGAUCCCAGAGAAGCCACAGAAGAUGGUUAUACUCGUUCAUGGAGGACCAAAAGCUCGGGAUAUUUAUGGCUUCAGCCCCUUAAAUGCUUGGCUGACAUCUCGAGGAUAUGCAGUUCUCCAAGUCAACUUCAGAGGAAGUACCGGUUUUGGGAAACGCCUCACAAAUGCUGGAAAUGGAGAAUGGGGUAGAAAAAUGCAUUACGAUAUUCUGGAUGCUCUAGAGUUCACAAUUGCAAAGGGGAUAGCAAACAGAAGUGAAGUUGCCAUUAUGGGCGGAAGUUAUGGAGGAUACGAAACGUUAGUGGCAUUAACCUUCACUCCUGACGCCUUUGCUUGUGGCAUUGACAUUGUUGGCCCAUCUAACUUGGUUUCUCUUAUGGAAGCUGUCCCACCAUACUGGAGAGGAUUCUAUCAAGAUCUAGUGAAAAUGCUUGGAGCUGAUAUAACUUCAGAAGAAGGAAAGGAAUCAUUAAUAUCUCGAUCACCGCUUUUCUAUGCCGAUCAGGUCAAAAAGCCUAUUAUGAUUAUGCAAGGAGCUAAUGACCCCAGGGUCAAGCAGGCUGAAUCUGAUCAAUUUGUGAAGGCUUUGAAAACAAAUAACAUUCCUGUCACCUAUGUGCUCUAUCCAGACGAAGGUCAUGGGUUCAGAAAAUCGAAAAACCAGUUAGCAAAGUGUGGUUUCAUCGAGCAUUUCUUGAGCCAAUGCUUGGGUGGAGCGUACGAGCCUUUCCAUGUAGGACAAUACAAUUCCACAGCUAUUCUGAAGUCCGAUGGAUAUGCACCGAAACCACUUUCCACUACAUUGACACCAACUACUGUUCCUGUAUUUUAUCGUCCACUCCUGAACAGAUUCCAGGUUCAACAACCUCGCCCUACGAACGUUGUUUUUCGACCAAUAAAUGCAUUUGCACAUCCGAUUUUUCCUCAACACGGGUAG